AUGGCUCAUCGACAUGCUGAAACCAACCCACAUUUUAUUGAAGAUCCUGAUGGUACAACGCCCGAGCAACGCCAUUAUCUACCUGCUACCUUGCUGCCACGACGCGGUCGUAACCACCGUGUCCCACUAAGGGAUCCUGAAGAUCAAGAACAACAUCCUCAUCCACUCGGUUCAUCUCUGCCAGAGCCACAUCAUGAAAGCCAACAUCACCCGCCAUUACAUGUCUGGGUGCCGCCACCAGUACAAAAUGAGGAUCGACACCCCCAAUUACGACCACGACCCUCAUCGAUUCAAGAUCCGACCCCAAAAGAAGAAAUGCUGCAACCCCAACUUCAAGACCAACAUCCUAGCUCAUCACUGAUAAGACCACAGCGUGAAAUCACCGAAGGUGACCGGCGCCACGGCAGGCAUCUCCAAGAUCAUCGUCCUCACUCUAGUCCUUUUCUCCCAAGGGACCAUCAAACCAACCCUAUAGCAUGGCCUGCGGCAAUUGUCUGUGUAAUUCUUUUGCUGAUCAUGAUACUAGGAGGCCUAAUCGUCCUCAUAGUCUACCUCGUCUAUCGACCACAUAGUCCACUGUUUGAUCUCAACGGCGUCACCUUGAAUGCAGCCUCUCUCGACAUGGGUUAUCUGCUCAAUGCCGAUGUUAGUCUACUGGCUAACUUCACAAAUCCAAACAAGAAGGUGAACAUCGAUUUCAGUCACAUGUAUCUCGGUCUUUACUUCGAGAAUUCCCUGAUUUCUACUCAAUUCUUGGAACCUUUCUCGGCCGCAAGAGGUGAGACCAUGUUUGCAAAUGUUCAUAUGAUAACCAGUCAGGUUAAGCUUUCAAUGGAAGAAACAAUUCUCCUUCGGGACCAGAUCGCAAACAAUCAAGUGAUGUUUACAGUCAAAGGGGUGUUCCGAGCUCGAUCGAAAUUCGGAGGUUUAUUUAAAUAUUCGUAUUGGUUGCAUGGUGAUUGUGGCAUCAUAGUUUCAAGCCCUCCAACUGGGGUCUUAAGAGAGAGAAAAUGCAGAACCAAACACUGA